CAACCACUUAAUAUUCAGAAAUCUCUCCUUUCUACUCUGACUAUAUAUCUUCUACUCAGAUACUCCGGAUUCUCACCACAAAAAGAAAAGCAUGUCAUAAGGUCCCCCCACCAGGUUGAAAUCAAACCUAAUUCCCAUUCCCUACUUCCUUUUCCUCACUAUAAAAAUAUGCACUAUAAAUAACCAGUAAUCUGAACAUUAUGCCCAAACAAAACAUUCAUUCAUUUGUCUAAAGCAUAUCACAUUGGCCUCUUUGCAGAAUUGAGGAUAACAACUGCUUAGAAAAAAGUAUUUUUGUUCUUCUAUCUGUUUAAACUUCUAUGUUGCCAUUUCAAAUUAUCCUACAUGGAUUUCUUCUCUGGGCUUCCAUGGGUUUCUUGAUGCCUAUAGGGAUUCUUGUAAUAAGAAUGUCAAAUAGAGAGGAAUGUGAAAGAAGGCUAAAGAUUAUUUUCUAUGUUCAUGCUACUUUACAGAUACUAUCUCUUCUCCUUGUAACAGUAGCAGCAAUCAUGUCGAUAGAAAGCUUUGACAACUCUUUCACAAAUAAUCACCAAAGGAUUGGCUUAGCUUUGUAUGGUGCCAUAUGGCUGCAAGCAGCUACUGGAGUUUAUAAGCCUGACAGGGGAAGCAAAGGAAGGAGUAUAUGGUUUCCAAUUCACUGGCUUCUUGGAGUUACAGUUUCUUUACUGGGAAUCAACAACAUAUAUACAGGUUUACAGAACUAUCACACGAGAACAUUGAGAAGCACAAGUGUUUGGACCUUGGCUUUCACAGUUGAGAUUGUUGUUAUCCUGUUCAUCUAUCUACUCCAAGAAAAAUGGCAAUAUAUAAAGCAAAUCAGGAGUGAUUUAGUCAAUGAAACAGUAACGGCAAGCGAAUUAAGAAACAUCUUCAACAGAUAAGAAAAGGAAAUGUCAUCAUCAUAGCCAUGUUAAGGCUUACAGACAAACAAAAUUUGAUUUUUACUAACAUUAAUUGAAUUAUAUCCAACGUUGUUACAAUUUCAGAACAGAUAUGAGAGUUUUGUGUACUAUCAAUGUAGAGCAUCAUAUACAGCAAAUAGUAUGAGAGACUUUUUGUGUACUUUGUAGAUAAUAAAAUUCGCAUCGAGAAAAUAAUAAUCAAGACAGGAAAAUAUCGCAAUAAUCGUUGUAUUUGAUUUCAGAAUAUGAGUGUUACAAUCUCUAUGAAUCCUCUGAUUAAUCUUUUCAAUAAUGAAUUCAAGGGCUUUUGAGCUUAAUCUUGAACUUGAGGGAUUUGGUCUUGACUUGUACUUGAAUUCAAGGGCUUUUGAGCUUGAUCUUGAAUUUAUGUUGCAUUUGAUUUUGAUUUGAAUUGAUUCAUCACGAACACUUUGAUUGCCGCCACGAACAAGUGAAUUUGAUCUUGAAUGCCUUGAUAUUUGGUUUGACUUCGUUCUUGAUCUUCGGAUAUUUGAAACUUGUAGAGAAAUGCUUGCAGCUUGUAGAAAACUUGUAGUGUUUGAUCCACGAGCUCCCUCUG